AUGAAGAGGGUUUUUGGCGUUAAGAAAGACAAAGAACCGCCUCCGUCUAUUGAAGAUGCCUCCGAAAGAAUUAAUAAAAGAGGCGAAUCAGUUGAUGAAAAGAUAAAGAAGCUUGAUGUCGAACUCAGUAGGUAUAAGGAACAGAUUAAGAAAACAAGGCCCGGUCCUGCUCAAGAAGCUGUUAAAGCUCGAGCGAUGAGGGUUUUAAAGCAAAAACGAAUGUAUGAAGGACAACGUGAUAUGCUGUACAAUCAGACGUUUAACCUUGACCAAGUUGCAUUUGCCUCAGAGGGCAUAAAAGACGCUCAACAAACGAUGUCGGCCUUGAAAUCUGCCAACAAGGAGUUGAAAGGAAUGAUGAAAACAGUGAGGAUACAGGACAUAGACAACUUGCAAGACGAAAUGAUGGAUAUGAUGGAUGUGAGCAAUGAAAUUCAAGAGACUCUUGGUAGGAGCUAUAAUGUGCCCGAUGACAUUGACGAGGAUGAACUUUUGGGCGAGCUUGAUGCCUUGGAAGCAGACAUGGGAUUUGAAACUGAGGCUGAUGGGGUUCCAUCUUAUCUCCAGCCCGACAAGGAAUCCGACUUGGAAGGAGAACUCAAUUUGCCUUCAGCUCCUACAGGGCAGGCAGCAGUUCCUGCUGGCAGAACCAAUGCACAGGCUGAGGAUGAAUUGGGGUUACCAGCUGUUCCUCGCGCAUCCCUUCGUGGGUAAAAGGUAUAAACUGAUGGAGUGAACGAACCCCUUUGUAUACAUGUUGUGCAGAUUUUAUAGAGAUAUAUUCUUAUUGAUCUUAUAAUUAAUUAUUCACUUCCAUCAUCAUUUGGAACUCUAAAAUCUUUGGCUAUACUGAUCAAACAGUUAUUAUGUAUACCUCAUGAAAUUAAUGCUAUAAAGUGACUAGAGGGUGGAGAUUGCAAUAAUUAA